GAAACAAAUUAUCAAGUGCUUAAUUUCCCUGUCCAGAAACAAGUGCAAACCUUUCUUUUUCUCUCUCAUCUUUCGCACAGUUCUUCCCCUUCUUCGUUGAUAGGCAGUAACUAGCCAUGAUCAACGGAAAAGAUGUUUACGAUGUUAUUGCUGCUAUUGUGCCUCUAUAUGUUGCUAUGAUACUAGCCUAUGGAUCAGUUCGGUGGUGGAAAAUCUUCACGCCGGACCAAUGCUCCGGUAUUAACCGUUUCGUGGCAGUGUUCGCAGUUCCACUACUCUCUUUCCAUUUCAUCUCAUCAAACGACCCAUAUGCCAUGAACUAUCGGUUCAUUGCAGCCGAUUCUCUCCAAAAAGUAGUGAUCCUUGCUGCUCUUUUUCUCUGGCAAGCUUUUAGCAAAAAUGGAAGUCUUGAAUGGAUGAUCACUCUCUUCUCUCUUUCUACCCUCCCAAACACUCUGGUCAUGGGUAUUCCUCUCUUGAAAGCCAUGUAUGGAGAUUUCUCUGGAAGUCUUAUGGUUCAAAUUGUAGUGUUGCAAAGUGUAAUUUGGUAUACUCUUAUGCUCUUCAUGUUUGAAUACAGAGGAGCCAAGUUACUAAUUUCUGACCAAUUCCCUGAGACAGCUGGAUCUAUUACCUCCUUCAAAGUUGAUUCUGAUGUUGUUUCACUUAAUGGUAGAGAACCAUUACAAGCCGAUGCUGAGAUCGGGGAUGAUGGUAAACUUCAUGUCGUUGUUAGAAGAUCUUCUGCAUCUUCAAUGGUUUCCUCCUUUAACAAGUCGCAUGGACUAUCAACCAUGACACCAAGAGCUUCCAACCUAACCGGUGUUGAGAUCUAUUCAGUACAAUCUUCUCGAGAGCCAACGCCAAGAGCUUCAAGUUUUAACCAGACAGAUUUUUAUGCUAUGUUGUCAAGCAAGGUUGCAAGUCCAAAACAUGGAUACACAAAUAGUUUUCAAGGAGAUAUUUUUUCUUUGCAAUCUUCAAAAGGAGCCACUCCUAGAACUUCAAAUUUCGAUGAGGAAAUGCUCAAGGUUAAUAAUGGCAAGAAAACUAGAGGAGCGAGAAGCAUGAGUGGUGAGUUAUUUAAUGGCUAUUCUGCAUACCCACUUCCCAAUCCCAUGUUUUCAGGUUCUACUGGUAGUACUGGACCAAGGAAGAAGGAAACUAAUGGUGGUUCAGUAGUGACGCCUAACAACAGCAACAACAAGGAGCUCCAUAUGUUCGUGUGGAGCUCAAGUGCCUCACCAGUUUCUGAAGGGAAUCUCAGACAUGCAGUUAAUGGGUCUGCCUCUACAGACUUUGGUCUUCAACAAGAAACUCCUAGCCUUGCUGCUUCAAGAGCCAUGCAGGAAUUAAUUGAAAACAUGGGAUCAACAACCUCAAAAAUGAAUUCGGAAAGGGAUGAUCAGGUAGACAGAGAGAAUAUUAAUGGAGUAAAGAAAAUGGAAAUGGGUGGAUCAAAAAGACAGCAAAUGCCUCCGGCAAGUGUGAUGACGAGACUCAUACUCAUCAUGGUUUGGAGGAAGCUCAUAAGAAACCCAAACACAUAUUCUAGCCUUUUGGGUGUAAUUUGGUCUCUCAUAUCAUACAGGUGGAACAUUCAAAUGCCUUCAAUCGUAAAAGGAUCUAUAUCAAUAUUAUCAGAUACAGGUCUAGGGAUGGCCAUGUUCAGUUUAGGUUUGUUCAUGGCUUUGCAACCAAAAAUUGUGGCAUGUGGAAAAUCUGUGGCUACAUUUGCUAUGGCUGUAAGGUUUUUGACCGGUCCAGCUGUGAUUGCUGCAACCUCCAUUGCUAUUGGUGUUCGUGGCACUCUUCUACAUGUGGCCAUUGUCCAGGCUGCUCUUCCCCAAGGAAUCGUUCCAUUUGUAUUUGCCAAAGAAUACAAUGUCCACGCUGACAUACUUAGCACUGCGGUUAUCUUCGGAAUGUUGAUUGCGUUGCCGAUUACAAUAUUAUAUUACGUGCUUCUGGGGCUUUAACUUGCAAGAAAACAAGGCAUGCAGAGAGACAAAAUUAAUGUGCCUCAACCAUUUUUGGCCACCAUUGGAAAUAUCAAUGCAUCAUCAUCUAAUUUAAUUUUCAUUUUUCAAUGUUAUUUUUUAUUUACUAUAUAUAAGUACAUGGUAAGUUAGUGGAAAGUAGUACAUUUAUUAUGAGAUAAAAGGGUAUUUUAAUAUAGUUCAGUAUUUUUU